UGAAUAAAAAUUUCACCUUUUUAUUCAAUCUAUCAAAAAUAUUAUUCAAAUCGAAAAAUAAAAAAAUACGUAAUAUAUAUUCCUAAAUUUCAUGAAUUCGAUUUCAAAGCUCAUUUGAUUAGCUCGGUUCUCGCUGCACGCAAAAGUCGACGCGAAGUCAAACGUAAAUGUGCGUUCGAGUUUGACGGCGCGACUUCAAAUAAUCAACUCGAUAACAAGUAAAAAAAAUUCGAUGGCUCGGUCCCGAAGUAAUUUGAAAAGAAAAAGAUCUUGCGGAUCGAAUGAUUCCGGACAUUGCAGCAAGCACCGCGUGAACAAUACUGAUUUAUCGAAAAAUGUAUCUUUUCAAAGUACGAGCAGUAGUAAUACAACACAGCAACAGUCCUUACACAGUGUAGUUACGUACGCUCAAAUACCGUUUCACAGUUGGAUGCUGUAUUUUCACGAUCGAGCAUACACCAAAAACUCAUCAACGGCCCUCAAAAUUAUUGCUAUGAUUGAUUAUUUCGUAAAUAAUCCAACAAUAUCAUACGAUUCGGAGGAAGGCUUAAAUUUCGAUAUCAAUUCAAGCAUCAAUAAUCCAAUUUUACUCGAGAAAUGGCCGAAUUUCUUGGACGACCUGAAAGCCAAUCCGGAGCAAACUUUGAAGUUUGUAAAAACUGCAUUUUUCGAGGUGUCACUCAACCGAAUAAUGAAAGAGGCUCCUGAGUUAUUCGAAAAAACGUUCAAAAUGCUGCGGCUCAAUCGAAUAAAUAUUCUCAAUUUCGGAUCGAUUAAUCCAAUUUCUUGUGUGACGUGGAAUUCGCACGGUCAAUUGAUAUCAGUAAGUGGAACCGUCCUCAGUAUUGGACGAGAAAAGAGGAGCUUCGAUAGCGUCGUUUUUGUUUGCGAGUGUGGCCACAAACUCUUUUCUAAACAGCAAAAAGACACAAUUUUGUUACCAAGUAAAUGUGACGUUUGUGGCAAUGCAAGAAUGAAAAGAGUCUUCGAUUCUCUUCUGGAAAUGACGAAAACAUCGCAGAGUAUUGAAGUUAAACUAUACAUUGCAGCCGACCAGAGUGUCAGCGAACAUGCCUUUUUGCCAAACAUCAUCAACGUCCAACUAACGGGAAGUUUGGUCAAUAAUUUCAUGCCAGGAGAUAGAAUCCGUAUCAUUGGAAUACCGAAGGUAAAACUCGGUGCUACUAAAGCGAGCUCAUCGAAUUCAAACCCUCUUUACAUUGACGGACAAUCAGUGUUCAAAGAAGAUAACUCUUCGGAUCCAAAUUCAAUUGAUAAAGUGAAUUGGAGGGUCAUCGAGAACAUCAAACGAGAACCAGACAUCUUAAGUUUCCUGGUUCAUUCCCUGUGUCCCAGUGUUCAAGGUCAUGAACUUAUAAAAGCUACUCUGAUUCUUGGUUUAUUCGGUGGUACACCUACAAAAGAAGAAAAACGUGAUUUUAUUAAUAUAUUCAUCAUCGGCAAUCUGGGACUUGGAAAAUCCCAACUGUUACGUGCUUGCGCCCGAGUCGCUCCUCAAGGCACUUACAUCCGUGGAAGUUCAACAGUCUCGCUAGACUCGAAAAUGAAAACUGGAAAGGAAAGUCUCAAAGAAAAUUGGCGCUUCGAAGCUGGUGCUUUGGCCCUCUCAAAUUCCGCUCUUCUGUGUCUUGAUGAAUUCGACGCAAUGACGAGCCAACACAAGAUCAUUUACAAAACGAUGAAGAGCCAACGGGUCGAGACAAUGAAUGCCGAAUUAAAAUUUUCUCGACCGUUCCGUACAUCCAUUUUUGCGAUGACCGAUUGGAUAAAAAAACAAUACGACCCAUCGAAAACCAUUUUGAAAAAUGUAAACACGAAUAAACAGCUUCUGGAUCAAUUUGAUCUCAUUCUCCUCAUGCGAGAUAAUCCAGAUGCGUAUCUCGGCAAUUUGAUGCGCACUCGUAUUUUGAAUGAACAUAAAAAACGAAACCCCCUGGAUCAACGAGCAGGAAUUUUCAAUCGCAGAGAUUCCGAGCCACGAGCCAGAACGGAUCUUACCUUGGGAGAAAGACUUGCAAAUUCCAGUGCUCACGAUUCAUCGACCUUACUGGGAGAACAUUUUUUGGGAAUGUACAUUAAUUACGCUCGGAUUCACGUUAAACCGAUUCUCUCUGAGGCAUCGAAGAGGAUCAUUACUAGAUUUUGUUUAUUGCGUCAUCGGAUCGGAAAGGAUUGCAUAAAAUUGCUUAUCAACCUAACGGAGGCAAGAGCAAAAAUAGACUUACGUAUAGAAACAAGCGAACUGGAUGCUUUUGAUGCAAUAGAAAUAUUGGAAAGUUCAGUAUGUAUCGACGCUAAGAAUCUCGCUCAGAAUCAUCCGAAAUCCAUCAAUAAUACAAAUAAAAUAACAACCAACAAGAUGAAAUUAUUCAUAAACGAUCUGAAGGCUGAAGCAUUCCAUGAAAAGAAGAAUAUCUUCAGUGAGCAAGAACUGCGUAAUAUUGCUGGUCAAGAGAAUAUGACGGGACUUGCAUUCGAGGAGCUUCUUGGAAAAUUGAACGAGCAAGGAUAUCUCUUGAAAGUAUCAAGCAAAUCUUACAAAAUUGUAUUUCUUUAAUUAACCGCUUUUUAUCAAAAUAACAGAUAUUCGAAAAACAUAAAAAAUAUUAUUUUCGUUAAAAUAAUAUUGUAGGGAAAAAAUCGACAAAUUAUUAAAUAAAUAAAAAGAAU